AUGAAUUUACUAUCACCACAUGGCAGAAUUGCGCGCUUGAUACGAAAACACGCAGAAGGAUAUCAAAAUGCAAACGUCUCGGAUGGGGGGCCUCGAGCAAGAAGAUGUGCCACCUUACCAAGCGUCGAUUUGGCCAAAUUUCUUACUACCCUGCACGUACUGUGGCAAAAGAUCGUAGCCAUUCUCCGUGGCAACCCUCUUCCCUAUGAUGAAGCGUUCAAGGCGACUCGAAGGCCGUCAAUCAAGGUCCUCGUCAUGCAUCUCAUCCCUAUCGCAGCUGUCUUUGUCAUCACCUCCUUGAACCUUUACGGGUACUGGAUAGGCAAAGAGCUCUCCGGGGUCAACAACCAGAAUGCUCCAAAGGAACUAGCGCUCCAGUUGACCGCGAAAGCCCACGAGCUGCUUAUCCUGGCUUCCGUCAGCGAGAUAGUACUCACUCAUUUGCUCAAGAGUUUGGCUUGCGGCUACGGUUUGCCUUUUGGUUCGCUCACGGCCGGCAGCAAGUUCAAGGAUCUGUCUUACAUCUGGUCUCGGGACUUUCGCGCAAUGUGGGCUGUUGGCUAUCCUCGAAAAUCGCUCCUACUUCCUCUGAUCUUGUUAUGUCUCGUUCUCAGCAUCGUCGCUGGACCAUCAUCUGCCACGGCAUUGAUCCCCAGACUUGCUGAAUGGCCAUCAGGGAAGGCUGUCAUGACUCUCAACACCACCGAAGAUGCCUUAUGGCCUUCCCGACUUGAAGGAGGUAUUUCAUCAUCAUCAUCAUCAUCUACCAGUUGUGAUAAAUCUACAUUGGGCUGCUUCAAUCCGUUGACUUGGGAUUCCAUCGGGUCGGCCCUUUUCUCGUACUGGGGUCACGACACUACGGGCGGCUCGCCGGCACUUCCACAACAUAUCAAUGUCCCGGGAGUCUCGUCCUUGCGAUCAAUGGACACGAAACUUCGGAUUUCGGCAGGGUCACUGGAUCCACCGUAUACGCUCGCCACGGUCCAGCACGCCGUCACUGGGGACAUGGUCAACACCUUCCGCUUCCUGACCUUUCCGUCCAGGUCGAAAAAGUGUGGAAAGAGAUGGGCUGGUGCCAUGUGUUCUUAUCAAGACGUCAAGUGGUAUGCGAAGACAAUGCAACCAUUGGUUUUGUCGACGUGCAUGGAGACUGGACUGAACACGACGAGGAUUGCAUUUCCUUCACUUCAACCCAAGACCUUUGUUUUGACGACGCGAUAUAUUGACAUCCAGAAUGUCACUUUUGGGGACGAUGAACGACACCCUCAAUUUCGUUGGGUGUCAUCUACCAAUCAAGAAAUGUCGGACACUUCUGCGAGUAUCGAUGUGGUGGUCAAAUUGCCAGCGACCACGUUUGGGGUGCGCGGUGGGUUCGCCUGUACAAUUCAAGCGCAGUGGUCCAAGUCAACCACGUUUACAAGUUUCACUGGUACAGACAAUCUGGUAAGUAGUACGGUGUCGGGAAUGAAGUCUUCAAUGCUCGACGCCAAACAAUACAAGAGUCAACCGGUCUUGUCGAUCGCGUCUGAAUGGGCUCAGAGAGUUGUCGACAGUCGAUUGAACUCUCAAUCAAAUGAUACUCGUACGGCGUUUGAGAGUUUCAUGCAACUUGGUGAGGUCGAUGCCAAUCCAGAGGGUAAAAUUGAAAUGGCACUGUCGGUCCUGUUCGCAGAGACGAUGGCCCACACGAGUUCGGGUACGGCACCACUAUCCAUUUCCAGCAAAUCUCUAUCUCAAGGAGAGUGGGGUUUUGAGUGCCGGGCAGCAGCAGAAUCAAGGGUUGCCAAUAUCGACAUCACCGACGACUCCAGACGGCAAGCAGGAAGAACCGACGAAGUUUACGCUGUCAACCUCCACGGUAGGUUAUGGCUAUGGACUGUUCACCGUGUCGGGACUAUCUUGGUCCACGAUGAUUUCAAUCGUCGUGUUGUACGUGUAUGCGCUUGUGGCCCUGGUCCAUCUGGUGUGUCUUUACGCGUCCCGAGAAUUGUACAUCGAGUCGUGGAGAGAGGAUAG